CCUUGGGGGCCCGGAGAGCCGGCGGUCGGGGGGCGGUGGGGAAUGGUGGCGUCCUGGGGGGGUUCAGGUGCUGCAAAGCAACAUCAGCGCCCCCCCGGGACCCCCUCAGCCCCAGCGGCGGAGGGGAAAAGGCAGCAGGACCUCCCUGCGCGGCCGGAUCCCGAUCCGGGACCCCCCGGUGCUGGGCAUCCCCGAGGGCCGGGACCCCCGCGGGGGUCUCCGCUUCGCGAUCGGGGUCUUCUGAGGGGGCUCGGGGGGGCAGAGAGGUGGGUGUUGAGUGCGGGGGGGGCACCCAGCACCCCUGGGCGCCAUGAAUACCCGCAGCCCGGAGCUGAAGGGGUUACAGUGCUGGGGUGCGGGUGUCCCUCGGGGUGUCCCCGGUGCCGAGCAGAGCGGGCAGGAUGGUCCCGGGGAGCGCAGGGGCUGAGCCCCCCCACCCCGGCUGGUACCUCCGCGACGAGGGCAGCGGGACGCUCUACAAGCGGGGACGGCUCCUGGGAGAGGGCGCCUUCGGCCGCUGCUACCAGGUGACAGAGGUGACCAGCGGCCGGCUCUACGCGGCGAAGGUCAUCCCGCGAGCCCGGCUCGCUGCCCCGGGCAUCGGGGACAGGGUGAGUCCGGAGGGACACUCCCUGGGGAGAGGGGACAGUGCCCGUGGGGUCCCCGGGUGUCUGGAUGCCGGGUGGGUGCGUGCCGGGGGUCCCCGGUCCCCGAGGGUCCCCCCGGGGUUGCUGUCGGUGCAGGUGGAGCGGGAGCGGGAGCUGCAGUGUCACCUGCGCCACCGGCACAUCGUGCGCCUGCACGGGCACUUCGCCGACCGCGGCCACCUCUGCCUGCUGCUGGAGCUCUGCAGCCGGGGGUCCCUCGCCGACAUCCUGCGGGCUCGGGGCCGCCUGACGGAGCCGGAGCUCCGGUACUACCUGCGGCAGCUGCUCUCGGGGCUGCAGUACCUGCACGGCCACGGCCUCGUGCACCGCGACCUCAAACUGAGUAACUUCUUGGUGACGGAGCGGAUGCGGGUGAAGAUCGGGGACCUGGGGCUGGCGCAGCGGGCGGCGCCGCCCGGGCGGCGCUGGGGGGCACUCUGUGGGACACCCGGUUACCUGGCCCCGGAGGUGCUGGACCGCAGGGGACACGCGGCGCCCUCGGAUAUCUGGGCCCUGGGCUGUGCUGUGUACACGGCGCUGAGCGGCCACGCCCCGUUCGAGGCUCGCCGCCGUUCGGAGCUCUACCGGCGCAUCCGGAGCGGCCGGUACCCGCUGCCCCCCGGGCUGUCGCCCCCUGCCCGCGCCCUCAUCGCCCACAUGCUGCACCCCGAGCCCGCGGCGCGGCCCAGCCCGGCGGGGCUGCUGCGCCACCCCUUCCUCACCCAGGGUUUCACACCCCACAGGCUGCCACCCCGCGCCUGCCACUCCGUGCCCAUCUUCGUGGGACAGGAGCGGCUGUGCUGGAUGCUGCGGGGGUGUGGCUGUGUCGCUGUCACCCCUGCGGGUGGCAGUGCCCCUCCCCAAAGGACCCGAGCACGAAGAUCCGCGGAGGAAAACCUUUAUUAGUGCUGGGAACCGUCUAAAAUCCAGUCAUGGAAACAAGCGGGGUGGGACGUGACCAGUACGAACGGCACACACACACACACACCAGUUUGCCCUUAAAACUGUUAACAGGAAAAAACAACCCCCAAAUCCAAACCCCAAAAU